UUCCCGGCCCUGAUAUUUCUUACCUGUUUUUCGUCGAUAACUUUAAACAUGAUGUAUAGGUUGUGUUCGUUGACGAAUAAAAAUGGGGUCGUGCCAGCAGUCCCGCUGAUAAAUUUGAUGUCUAUCGAUGUUAGACACAAAAUCGGUCCCAGCAUGGAAGCGACUCCUGCAGAUCAGCGAAAUGUGGAGAUAAAGGCACGGAUUCCUGGCGGAAGUGAGGAUUUUGCCCGCCGCCUGGACAUCGCCAAGAAGCUGACUGGCAGUCAGACAGGAGAGCUCAUCGUCCAGCGCGAUGUGUUCUUCGAAUCGCCGCUGGGCGGGCGUCUCAAGCUGCGGUACUUGCAGCCCCCGUCGCGCUCCCAGUUGGUCUACUACGAUCGACCCGAUGUGGCCGGUCCUAAGCUGUCCUGUUUCAACAAGAUUGAAGUGGACGAGCCUGCUGUGCUGGAGAAGAUUCUGGGCCAGACGAACGGCAUCUUAGGCCAGUUGGAUAAAAAGCGCCAUUUGUUCAUCCAUGAGCAGACGCGUAUCCACCUGGACGAGGUACAAGACCUAGGUCACUUUAUGGAGUUCGAGGUCUGUCUGAGACCGGAACAGACUCUGGAGGAAGGCCAGACCAUUGCCGAGCAGCUCGCGAAGACUUUUGGCAUUCUUGAGGCGGAUCUAAUGACCGGCUCCUACUUCGAUGCCCUGCGGGAAACGCUUGACUGCGCUUUUUAUAAUUCCUUGUAAAAACAAAGUAAAACUCAGGGGUCGAUUUAGACUGAGGUUAAACCGAGCAUAAAUGCAAAGUGGUCAAAAGGACACGAACAUAACACCGAAACGGGGAGGACACGACCAUGCUGACUAAGGCUAUCUAUUCUUAUAAACUAGGACUGAGAAUUGCACAGGACGACACACACAAAAUGCCACUAGAAUGGGUCUACAAUAAAAAAAGAAACAAAGAAGAAA